AUAGUAGUCGUCAGCACGAGCAAAAAGAGACUCCAAGCCAUGUCGGGCCAACGCGAACAGGAGGAGGCCCCCGGGAUCCCAACACACAGAUUUGCCAAGUUCAACCCAUUCCGAGAUGCCGACGACGAAGGCGGCGAUGAGCUGGGCCAGGAGGUGGACCCCAACUCGAUUGCUGGUGGUGGACAUGCCAUUGGCGGACAGGGCGACGUCGAGGCGCGCAAGAAGCUCCGCGUCAGCCAUGCCCUCCGCUCCUUUUUGGCAAAGGUGGGCGAGAUCAAGGAGGCCGACAUCGGCGGCGACGACAGCGAAGAGGUCUCGUCGCCCGCCGUGCAGGCCAUCCUCGCCCGUCCCCAGAUUGUCCAUCCGGCCUACGUCAACGACCGUGACCACCCACUGGCAGAGUACUACAUUAGUUCUUCGCACAAUACUUACCUCGUCGCCAAACAGCUCUAUGGAAAGGCAGACAGCAUGAGCUACAAGCACCACCUCUCAGCCGGCGCCCGCUGCGUCGAGAUUGAUGCCUGGGAUGAUGACAAGAACAAGGAGGAGCCCAAAGUUACGCACGGCUACACCCUCACCGAGCACAUCCCCUUCCGUCAGGUCUGUCAGUCAAUCAACAGCGCCAUGGAGGAGGAGCUCGCUGCUGCCAAGGCAGCGCCCAACCAGCUGGGCCCAGCGCCCAUCUUCAUCUCGCUUGAGAAUCACUGCAUCCCGGCAGGGCAGGAACGUCUGGCUGCCAUCAUGCGCGAGGAAUUUGGCGACAAGCUCAUCACGGAGCAUCUUCACACCGACGGCACCGAGAUCAAACUCUCGGAGCUCACCGGCCGCAUCCUCGUCAUGGUCGAGUACUACGGCCUGAAUGAGAAGGAUGCGGCCGAAGCCACCGCUGAAGACGACUCCUCGGACGACGAAGACACCAAGAACAUGCGCGAGAGAAAGCGACAGGCCAAGCCAUCAAAGAUUGUUCCUGAACUGUCGGCGCUGGGUGUGUAUGCGCAGAGCAUGAAGCCCCAGGACGAUGCAUGGCUCAAGGGCGACCUCAAGGAGCCCCAGAACCAUCUCGUCAACAUGGAGGAGCGUGCCGUGCAGGCCCUCAUCGCGGAGAAGCAUGGCGAGGAUGUGGGCAAGCACAAUGCCAAGCACCUGAUGCGCAUCUAUCCAAAGGGCAUGCGCAUCAACUCCAAGAACCUCAAUCCUGUGCCAUUCUGGAACGUCGGCGCCCAGGUGGCUGCGCUCAACUGGCAGACGUUUGAUGCCAGCAUGCAGCUCAAUGAGGCCCUCUUUGCCGGCACAGAUGGCUGGGUGUGGAAGCCGCCCAAGCUGAGGCAGCAGGCGGGCCCUGCACCAAAGGGCAAUGUGACGCUCAAGCUCGAGAUUGCCGGAGCCACCGAUCUGCCCGUACCAGAGGGACGUAGCAAGGAUAUCAAACCAUACGCGACCUGCACGCUGUAUCACCCCGACAGCAAAGACGGCAAGCCAGACAAGAAGAAGACGUCGCACUACCGCGUCCACAAGCACAAGCAGCUCUUUGGAAGGGAGCAGCCGCCGCCGACGAGUCCAAUCUGGGAGGAGCCCGAGGAGCUCAAGUGGACGUACGAGGAAAACGAGCUCGUGUUCCUCCGGAUCCUCAUCAAGAGUGACGAUGCAUUUGCUCGCAACCCAGCGUUCCUUACGGCCGCUGUCCGCCUGACGAGCAUCCCAACCGGAUGGCACUUUAUCCGCAUGCUCAACCUCCGCGGUCAAGAGACGGGCGCCACGCUCCUCGCUCGCUUCACGAAAGAGGUCUCCUGAUUCUAUGCCGUCUGCCUCUGCUGUACAAGUCUGAACUGUGCGCUGUUCUUGUCAUUAUGUAGCUUUUGUAGAGAGAUUUGCGCUGUUUGUGACGAUGAAUUCGAGCAUUGACGAGAAUU